AUGUUAAACACAUCGUCCUCACUGCAGUUUAUUAAAGAAUUAUUUCAACAAAAUGGAAAUAUGAAUGAAGACACAAAACUGAUGAUUACUAAAAAAGCUGAAAGUUAUAUUAAUCGAGCAGAACAGAUUAAAAAACUGCUCCUUAGUGAAGGUAGCAAAAAGAAAGCAGUUGCUGAAGGUGGCGGCGGUGGAAAUAAAAAACAUGGAGAGGAUGACGAUGAAGUUGAUACAGAAAACUAG